AUGACUGUCACUGGGAACAAAGAGCCCACAUCUUAUAAUGAGGCAAGAGGGAUGAGUGAAUGGGUAGAGGCCAUGCAGAGAGAAAUCAAAGCCCUACAAGACAAUGACACAUGGGUUUUAACCCCACUUCCUCCAGGGAAGACUGCCAUAGGGUGUAAAUGGGUGUAUAAAACGAAAUACAAGGUUGAUGGCAACAUUGAAAGGUACAAAGUCCGUUUAGUGGCAAAGGGUUAUACACAGCAGGACGGCAUAGACUAUCUGGACACCUUUUCCCCUGUGGCAAAACUUACCACGGUCAGAUUACUCAUUGCCCUAGCUGCUUCCAACAGUUGGUUUCUACAUCAACUGGAUGUUGACAAUGCUUUUCUGCACGGAGACCUUAAUGAAGAGGUCUACAUGGAACCACCCCAGGUCUGGACAUAUAUGAUAAAGGACAGGACACCUACAAGUUUUACUGCUCUUCUUGUGUAUGUGGAUGAUAUUGUAUUAGCAGGGGACUCUAUGAUGGAGAUCAAUUGCAUAAAGGAGCUUCUUCACAAUAGGUUUCGAAUAAAGAACCUAGGAGAACUCAAAUACUUCCUAGGACUGGAAGUGGCCAGAUCUAACAAGGGUAUCCACCUAUGUCAAAGGAAAUAUGCCUUAGAUAUACUGGAAGAGACGGGAAUGUUGGGCUGUAAGCCUUCGAUUACUCCCUUCCUAAGUGACACUAGUUGCUUGUACAAAUUGGAAAGUUACCUGGAUGACCCAGACCCUUACAGGAGGAUAAUAGGGAAGUUGCUUUACCUCACAAAUACAAGACCUGACCUAUGUUUUUCAGUUAAUUUACUUAGUCAAUUUGUUCAAUCACCUACUGACUAUCACUAUCGGGCCAUUCAACAUAUUCUCAGGUAUAUCAAAUCCAAGCCCUCUGAAGGGUUGUUUUUUCCUACUGACUCCCAUAUGCAACUAAAGGCAUUUAGUGAUUCUGACUGGGCGACAUGUCCCAACACCAGAAGAUUCACAACAGGGUUCUGUAUCUUCCUUGGGUCCUCUCUUGUAUCUUGGAAAUCUAAGAAGCAGAGAACUGUCUCCAGAUCCUCUACUGAAGCUGAGUAUAGAGCUCUUGCAGCCACUGUAUGUGAGAUACAGUGGCUCAGUUAUCUCCUACGAGACCUUCAAAUAGAAGAGUCAAGAAUUCCAGCCUUGUAUUGCGACAACAAGUCUGCAAGACAUAUAGCUCACAACCAGAGCUUUCAUGAACGGACCAAACAUAUUGAGCUUGACUGCCAUGUCGUCCGUGAGAAAGUUCAAGAACACCUUCUCAACCUCCUUCCCGUGCGCUCCGACGAGUAG